AUGAAAUCCUCAUCCAUUUCUGGUAAUAUCCUGUCUUUACCCCAUGAAGUCAUAUUCCGUAUCGCCGAGCUCAUCUCCGACAACCACGACGAUUGGUACCUCCAAGAGUUCAGUCUCUUAUCCAAAGAGAUAUUCCGUCUCGUAUCUCCCUUGAUAUAUCAACGUCAAACCGUUCAAAUGGACAAUUCUCUGAUCAUGGCUUUGACCGGGUUUUUCUUCGACCCCAAGUGUUCACCCGUUUCCGAAUUCUAUCCCUUCGACCCUGAUAGAUUGGUCCGUCCUCCAUUCACAUCUCAAGAGAUAGGAAGUUCAAUCUUAGUUCGAACAGCUUGGAAAUGUCAAUGGACUAAACAUGUUGUGGUGUCAGCUGAUAACGUCAUUCAACUAGGUGGUUUCGCCAGGAGACUGAGACGAUCAAAGAUCUUUCUCUUUCCUCGACUUCAACGUCUGGUUCUACAAGAAAGCGCAAACAAGAAUAGUCGUCUGACGUCCAUUAUCGAAACUCUGGUGCCGGGAGAUCAAGUUGAUCAUCUAUGUCUUCAUGCCAAAUUAUCUGAAUUCAAACGUUUCACCCCCUACGUGAGAAAAACUUUGACUAUACAUCCUUGCCGUCAACCAAUGGACCCGGAUGAGUCAGAUGGCGAGGUAGAUCGGGACAGAGAUAUGGGAACUUUGAAGAUUGAUGUUCAACUCAACAAGUGGUUUUUAGGGGUAGAAGAUUUCGAAUCAGACUUGAAUAAAGAACAAGAAGCGAUUUUAAAUCAUCUAUUCUGGGAAUGGUACGAGCCUGAGGAUCCCGAUGUUAGAACACCCAAGCUACAUAUCUCUGCGCUGGAAAGCGACCCUUGGGACGGAGAAGAUUGGGCUAGGAAAGCAACUGUUGAAAUCAGUCGGAAGGAGAGGUAUGAUUUUAAAUGGGAAGCGAUCAAAGUCUAUGUGGAAUAUGAUAGUCUUAGUGAAGAUGGAGUCUCUUGUAAGGCAUGUUUUCAAGGCCUGUCAUUGGAUCGCCGGAACAUGUAUGGAAAUGAUCAUGAGUUGUCACCAUGGAGCAACGAACGCAAGCGAAGAAGGGCGUAUCCGGGAGCAUCCUUUCCUCUGCUGCAUAGGUACAUUCAUGUAAGGUCAGGGAUGUCUGGGCCGACAGUAUCAAUUCGCAUCCACAAGAUGAUCUGGACGUGGAUAAGCCCCCUGCUCGCAUCCUCGAGCCAGUCGACUCUCCCUGCAGAAUUGAUUUUCAAGAUCGCUCAACUUCUCCACGACCGUGCCCUUUAUCGUACUCUUCUAAAGCUCAGUCUCGCAUCCAAAGAGACAUACUGCAUCGUCAAUCCGGUGCUCCAUCAGCAACACACUCUGUACGUGGACAGUCUAGUUGUCAACCAUUUGUCCGAUUCCUUCUCUGAUUACUUCCCCGAUCCCUACCUCUCAAGCUUCACAAAGGUCAAACGCCUCCCAAGGGAUUUUUGGGCCCCACUGUCCGUCGCAAGUCACCGACGUACCCGAACGUUGUGGCUAUGUCAAUUCGCUGAGUCCGUCAUGAUCAAGGACGUUGAUCUUCUUCGCCUUCCGGAUAUCUCCCAGAAGCUUACGACCAUUAACAUGGCUUUCUUCCCUCGGCUUCAACAUCUCGCUAUCAAGACGCAGAAGAAAACCAAUUUCAUACGCAAAUCGGUGUUACAGACCAUAUUGCCACGCGGGAGCAUCGAACACUUAUGUGUGACACAUCCACGCAAGUCUCGGUUGAAAUGGGAUAUCGACGGGUAUUUGCCGUAUGCGACAAAUACUUUGAACUUUCACUCGCCUGACUACGACACCGAGAAUGUGUUGAGGAUUGAUGUGAAGCAGAACAUCUGGUAUCUGCGUAUUGCCCAUCAAGUCUCGUUCAAUCGAAUAUCAAAUGAAAGCAUCACGCUCUCAUACCUUUUCCGACAAUGGGCCAAGAUGAAAAGCUGUAACAUCGCUCAAAAACCUCAUCUUGUACUUGCUGUAGGCGGUGAUGCGAAGAACGGCUACUCCGGAGGCCGUGUAUGGAUUCUUCACAUUCUUGAAACAUUUAAUCGGAAAGCACGAGAUGACCCAGCGACGGAGAUGCUGUCUUGGGAUGAUCUGAACUCCCUCAUUGAAUUGCAAACGGUCACCCCUCAUUGUGAUUUCCAUCCGUGCUAUAAGCAAGGGCAACUCUCGAGACGGCGGAAACUUCUGAUCCGGUUUCCCGAUGACGAUAGUUCGUCCUCUUCAAGCUACUAG